UUUCCUCAGAUUAAAAAUUCUGGUGUUUCUUAGGAAACAUGUUGUACCAAGUUGGGCUGCAUAACUCACCUUUAUUUUUUUCCUUCCCUUGCCUUUAUUCCCUUUUUUGCUUUUCUCCUCCAGCUGUGCUUCCUGUGUCUUCAGCCUUGAGUGUCACUGCUGCCUCAGGGCAGCCUGUGCCAUCCCUUCCCCCUCCUUGCUCCCUGCCCCCACAACAGUUCCCUCUGACAACCCCUAACCAGCCUACCCCAUUCCUUUCUCCCUCUACUAUUGCCUCUACCCCUUUUGGAGCUCCUUUUCCACAGGCGUCCUCUGGGACAGCCCUGCCCUUGGGAGCUGCCCCUACGCUCCCUGACACCCCAGCUUUCCUACCAAACCUAAUAGGGCCUCCCAUCUCCCCAGCUGCCUUAGCUCUGGCAUCUCCCAUGAUAACUCCAACUCUGAAAGGUGCCCAUCCCUCUUCAGCUCCCUUGACUCUAGUGGCCUUGCCUCCCCACUCAGUUCAGAAGAGCUCUGCUGAUCCACCUAACCCUAUUAGUUCACCUCCUUCAGCUGCUGUGGCUAAGUCAGGGUCCGUGACACCACUGUCAGCUCCCGUUGCUUCCUCAGAACCAAAGACCUCUCCUAUUCAAGCUCCCUCUCAAGUAGUCCCUAAUCCAAAAGUUACCCCCAUUCCUCCAUAUACGGCCAAUGCUGUUCCUUCCCAGCCUUUAACUCCCUUGGCCUCUUCUGUUCAAUCUGGAGUAGCCUCCUGUGCUCAGACACCACCCACUACUCCCCUAGCCAUCACUUCCCCUCAGGUCAGAGGCAUACCUAUGUCCUCAGCUCUGGCUUCUCCACAAAACUCUGUAAGCCUCAGCCUAAAGGGACCCGUUACUCCACCUGCUGCCUUACCUCUUCCAACCCAGUCUGUUCCUAUGACUCCCAGUGUCCCCCCAGUGUUCCUCACUCCUAUGGGCUCUCAUCUUGUACCUUUACAACAGAGUUGUCUUGGUUCUCCUGUCCAGUGUGUAGGUCAGACAGGCCCUAAUGUUCCGUCAGAUUCUAUAGUGGAUACCAUUUCUGUACACCACUCUUCCAUAGGGGCCUCUUGCCCUUCUCAGCAAUCUGUAAUUUCUCCCCCUCCUUCCAGAAAUGAGGUGGCUCCUGCUGCUGUGGCUGCCUUUCCAGUGGGGGCUCCAGCUUCCUCUCUGCCUCUAUCUGUUGACAAGGGACUCUCUGCCAUCACUAGUGUAUCCUCCUACAGCUCUUCUGGUCCCUCAAAUGCAGCUGUCUCUUCUCCCUUAUCUCCUACAGCCCCUCUCACCCUCAAAGGCUCUCCUAAUGCCACUCAUCAGCCACCCUUAGAGGCCCAGAUGCCUCCUGCUUCUCCAGGAAGUCCAGGCUUGAAAAAAGCUCCUGUUUCUUCUGUUGGAAUUACCUCACUUGUGAUGACUAACCCCUCUACAAUUUCUGCCACACCUACCACCUUUGAGGUAGUAAAUGCUACUUGUGUGUCUCCUCCAAUUUCAUCAGGUCUCAUAAGUAAUAAGAACUCAGCUUCCCAUACUGCCUUGGCUAUGGCACCUGUGGCUCCCAAAGAGCUUCCUUCUCCUUGGGUAACAACUGCUCUGGGGAUACCAGGCUCCCCUCCUCUGCCAGCACCUGAGGAACUCAGAAGUCUCCCUGCUUCACAAUUGGUCAAGUUCCCAACACAGAAAGAUCACCAAACUGUCCCUGCCUCUCCUGUAGGAACCCCUAUUUCACCAGCUCAGGCAGGACUUCCUAUCAAGAAAGACCCUAUUGUACUACCAUUGGCGCUGGCAGCCCCUCAAAAUCCUCCCACUCCCCACAGUACAUCUUCUCUGGAAAUAUCUCUCUGUGCUGAAGUCACCUUAGCAAGCAAAAGCCAAGUAGAGCCUCUGCCUGUAGGUAAGCCAGCUGCUGUUACUCCCUCUCCUCUGGGUGCUAUUUCCCCAGCCUCUCUAAUCAAGACAGAUCCUUAUGCAAGUCCAGACCCUACCAGUGUGCUUCUCAAAGGUUCUCUUACUACCCCAAGUGUAGCUACAUUUCCUUUGGAAAGUGCUGUCACUUCUGGGGGGACUCCUACAACUACCAAAGGAACCUCCACUCCUACAACGACAGCCAGCCCUUUUCUAGAAGGAACUGUCACUUUAGCACCUAAAAGCCACCCAGCCAAGAAAGGUACUUCUGCUCUUACUGCUUUACCUUUGGUUCCUCCCACCUCUGAAAGUUGUUCUGUGGCUCCAGCCAUGACGUUAUCCCCACAGAAUGUUAUUUCUCCAGCUACUGUGGCACUGUCUUCUGAAAUUCCCAAAUCAGAACCCUUUCCCUCUCUUCCCCCAGCUGGUAAUCCUCAAGUUACAAAGAUAAGUCAUAGUAUUUCUCAUAGCUCAGCAUUGGCAUUUGUGGCCUCCUCUCCUGAAGGAUGCCCAGCUGAGGAUGUUGGUGCUUCUGUUGCUGCAUCUUCCAAAGGAACUUACCUAGCUGAGUCCCCAUCUUCUUUAGGGACUAGUGUGUCUCCUCAGACUGGAAGACCUCCAACCAAGAAGGGUUCGGCUACUUCUACUACCUUAACUCUUGCCCCCUCUGUUUCUAAAAAUGUAGCCGCUGUCUCUGAUACUCCUGCUGGCAAUCUCUCAUCUCCUGUUUCUCGGAUUGAAGCUUCCUUUCUUCCAGAGGCCAGUUUUUCUUUUGAAGUCCCUAAGGAAUCACUAACCAAGAAGCAUUCCCCCACUCCUCCAUCCCCCAAAGGGGCCCCUACUUCCCCAGCUGCUGUCUCCUCAUCCCCCAAAGGGGGGCCAGCAAAACCAUCCCCUAAAGAGACUCCUCCUCCUCCAGCUAUUACUCCUUCCUCUCCCAAAGGAGCCCCAGCUACCCCACCUCCCAAAGGGGCCUGCACUCCCUCAGCUAUGGCUCCUCUCUCCCCAAAAAGGGGCCCAGCAACCUCAUCUCCUAAAGAGACUCCCAAACCCCCAGUUAUGUCCCUUCCUUCCCCUAAAGGAACCUCAGCAACUUCAUCCCCCAGAGAGUCCCCAGCUGCCCCAUUCACCAAAGGGACUUCAGCAACUCCAUCUCCCACAGGGCCUCUAGCUAUGCCACCCCCCAAAGAUUCUCCAACAGCCCCAGCCUCCAGAGGGGCCCCAGCAAUUUUAUCCCCCAAAGAGCCCUCAGAUACACCAGCCCCCAAAAGGGCUCCAACAACUCCAUCCUCCGAAGAGCCCUCAGCUGCCCCAACCCCCAAAGAGGCCCCAACAACUUCAUCCCCCAAAAGAACCCCAACCCCCAAAGGGGCCCCAGUAACUCCAUCCCCCAAAGAGCCCUCAGCUGCCCCAACCCCCAAAGAGGCCCCAACAACUUCAUCCCCCAAAAGAACCUCAGCCUCCAAAGGGGCCCCAACAACUCCAUCCCCCAAAGAGCCCUCAGCUGCCCCAACCCCCAAAGAGGCCCCAACAACUUCAUCCCCCAAAAGAACCUCAGCCUCCAAAGGGGCCCCAACAACUCCAUCCCCCAAAGAGCCCAAAGGGGCCCCAGCAGCUCCAUCCCCCAAAGAGCCCUCAGCUGCCCCAGUCCCCAAAGGGCCCCCAGCAACUCCAUCUUCCAAAGAGCCCAAAGGGGCCCCAGCAGCUCCAUCCCUCAAAGAGCCCUCAGAUACCCCAGUCCCCAAAGGGGCCCCAGCAGCUCCAUCCCUCAAAGAGCCCUUAGAUACCCCAGCCCCCAAAGGGGCCCCAGCAACUUCAUCCCCCAAAAGAACCUCAGCUCCCAAAGGGGCUCCAGUAACUUCAUCCCCCAAAAAAACCCCAGCCCCCAAAGGGGCUCCAGCAGCUCCAUCCCCCAAAGAGCCCUCAGAUACCCCAGCCCCCAAAGGGGCCCCAACAACUUCAUCUCCCAAAAGAAUCCCAGCCCCCAAAGGAGCCCCAGCAGCUCCAUCUCCCAAAGAGCCCUCAGAUACCCCAACCCCCAAAGGGGUCCCAGCAACACCAACUCCCAAAGAGCCCUCAGCUUCUCCAGCCCCCAAAGGGGCCCCAGCAACUCCAUCUCCUAAAAGAACCCCAGCUAAAACUCCAUCCCCCAAAGAGGUCUCAGCUACACCAGGCCCCAAAGUGGCUUCUACUCCUUCAGCUGUGACUCCUCCAGCCCCCAAAGAGCUCUCAGCUACCCCAGCCCCCAAAGGGACCCCAUCAACUUCAUCCCCCAAAGAGCCCUCAGCUGCCCCAGCCCCCAAAGGGGCCCCAACAACUUCAUCCCCAAAGAAAACCCCAGCCCCCAAAGGGGCCCCAGCAACUCCAUCUCCUAAAAGAACCCCAGCUAAAACUCCAUCCCCCAAAGAGCCCUCAGCUGCCCCAGCCCCCAUAGGUGGCCCAGCAAUCCCAUCCUCCAAAGAGUCCCCUGCUUUACCAGUUCCAGUCACAUGUCCCUUGGGAUCCACUGCCCCUCAGGCAUCUAAAGGGCUCCCAAUAAAGGAAGGCUCCACAGCUCUCAAAGCAGUACUUACUGGCCCAGCUUCAGAAAAUGCACCAGUCAUCAUAGCUCCCACUCAGAAAGGUCCACCAGCCAAGAAGAGUUCACCUCCAGUGUGCUCAGAUCCCUCAGCCAAGAAUGGUACUAAAGGACCCCUUUCUACAGUGGCUCCUCCAACCCCUCUACUGGCAGUCUCCACUCAGAAAGGCACUUCUCCAAAGGGUCCCUUGGCUCCUCAUCCAAAGUCUGAGACAUCUACGCCUCUAGCAACAGCGGCUUCUGAGAAGGUCCUGCCUAAAGCUGGAUCAGCACCUGUCUCUCCAGCACCCACCCCAUCAGUCUCUCUGCCUCUUGCUCCCUCCCCAGUUCCCCCUCUGCUUCCUAAACAGCAACCUCUGCCGUCCUCACCUGGGCUGGUGCUGGAAUCAUCCUGUAAGCCCUCAGCCCCCGCUGAUGAGGAUGAGCUGCCGCCUCUGAUUCCCCCGGAACCAAUCUCUGGGGGAGUGCCUUUCCAGCCGGUCCUCGUCAACAUGCCCACCCCCAAACCUGCUGGAAUCCCUGCCCCAACCCCCUCUGCCAAGCAACCUGUUCUGAAGAACAACAAGGGGUCUGGAACAGAAUCUGACAGUGAUGAAUCAGUACCAGAGCUCGAAGAACAAGAUUCCACACAGGCAACCACACAACAAGCCCAGCUGGCGGCAGCAGCUGAAAUCGAUGAAGAACCAGUCAGUAAAGCAAAACAGAGCCGGAGUGAAAAGAAGGCACGGAAGGCUAUGUCCAAACUGGGUCUUCGACAGGUUACAGGGGUUACUAGGGUCACUAUACGGAAAUCUAAGAAUAUCCUCUUUGUCAUCACAAAACCAGAUGUCUACAAGAGCCCUGCUUCAGAUACCUACAUAGUUUUUGGUGAAGCCAAGAUUGAGGAUUUAUCUCAGCAAGCACAGCUAGCAGCUGCUGAGAAAUUCAAAGUUCAAGGUGAAGCUGUCUCAAACAUUCAAGAAAACACACAGACUCCAACUGUACAAGAGGAGAGUGAAGAGGAAGAGGUUGAUGAAACAGGUGUGGAAGUUAAGGACAUAGAAUUGGUCAUGUCACAAGCAAAUGUGUCAAGAGCAAAGGCAGUCCGAGCCCUGAAGAACAACAGUAAUGAUAUUGUAAAUGCUAUUAUGGAAUUAACAAUGUAACCAUCUAAAAAGGAAGACCCUUUUUUGUGUGUUUCAAAAGAGUUACUGCAGCUUGGUUUGAAAUUUGUACUGUUUCUAUCAUUAAUAAAGUUAUGGCUUCUUGUGGGAUGAA